GCAACAACCGAAACAAUCGCACUGAAAGAGACGGUGAACGUGAGUUGGAAACAGAGUCAACAACAACAAACUACGACCCAAUCUUCGCCCACCAACCAUCGCGACACCCAAUCUACCAGUUGCCGACCGCCUGCGCGCCACAGUACACAACAUGGCGCACAACCACGCCCAAUCGCACCUUGUGCGACGACAACGCUUCCGCGACCAGGACGAGGACGACAGUGAAUUCGCGACCACGGUCAUCUCUGUCGAGUUUGUCUCUGCACCGAACACGGAUACUGGAAGGGUUGUAUGGGUCACCCAACAACCGAAAACCCUCAUUGCACCUGCCGUCCGACCACGCCCCACUUCCACAGAAGAAGAGCAGCAGGAAGAGACAAGAAGGCCGACUACCCAGGAAGAGGAAAAGAAGCAGUCUACCCAGGCAGAGCAGAAAAAGCCAUCUACCCAGGAAGAGCAGAAAAAACCGUCCGCGACUUCAAGGAACCCGUCCUCUGCCCAUGCAUCAGAUGCUCAGAAGACCGCGGCGACUUCGCUCAAGCAAGCGUCCACCCUCAUGGUCGCGACCAAAGCCCCAACGCCAGGCGCUGGCUCAGCAGCAGCGGGAAUUGCAUCUGCUACGGCCGCAAUUUCGGCAUCAGCCUCGGCCUCUGCUGAACCCGCAGCCGGUGGCAUGUCUGGAGGCGCGAAGGCUGGUCUCGCUUUCGGUAUUCUGGCCGUGCUCGGCGCUCUCCUCGUCGGCAUCUUGCUCGUCUAUCGCCGCAAGAAGAAGCAGAUGGUCGAUAACACGCAGAAUGAGAAGAUCGACUUGAACAAUGCGCCGCCACCACCGCCUCCCCAGGUCCUGGCUCCUGCUGGUCCUGCUCCCAGCAUUCGUACGAACCGAACCAUGUCAACCGCACCCCGUCUCAGCUUGCGCCCGGUUACUCAGUUCGACCCUGCUUUCAACGAGCAACGCAAGAGUGGAGGAAACUUGCUCAAUGUUGCUGCUGCUGGAGGCGCUGCCGCUGCUCACAACCGUGAGCAGUCUGACCGCCCCAAGAGUGCCUGGGAGCGACCUGGAGCCCCGAGCACUCCUACUGCUAAUCCUUUCAACGACCCCGAGAACCGUCCCAACCCUCUUGCUGCCAACCCCUUCGGAAACAACUCCGCACUCGAUGUUCACCAAGCGGCUAUUCCAGAUUCACCUCCCAACGCUUCUCCCAUGCACUCCACGCAGCCAAGCAAUGAUUUUGCCAAACCUGUUCCGGCUGUUCCUGCUGCUGAGAUUGAUCCCGUCGCAAUGGCUGGAGCAAUGUCGUCUAUGUCUCCUGCAACGAACGAAUUUCCUCCUCCGCCUGCAAUGGCUAUCAACACUGCCGCAGUUCCACCAAGCCCUGCUUGGACCGAAGACUUCCCUGCUUCUCCUGGUCCAGCUCCUACCGGCCCUCCUCCAGUUGCUGGCGUCAUGGGUGGCGGCCGUUCUAAUAGCCCGGCUCCUGGUCCUGACAAUGUCCACCGUAUCCAACUCGACUUCAAGGCCUCCAUGCAAGAUGAACUUGAUCUUCAAGCUGGUCAACUAGUCAGGAUGCUCCACGAAUACGAUGAUGGAUGGGCUCUCUGCAUUCGCAUGGACCGCUCACAACAAGGUGUUGUUCCCCGAACAUGUCUCUCCAAGCAUCCCGUCAAGCCCCGUACUGGCCCACCCCGUCAAGGCCCACCGCCUCCAGGUAUGCGCGGUCCUCCUAUCCGCUCACCCAUGGGCCCCGGUGGCAUUCCUCAACCUCGCCCGCUUUCACCCGCCAGUGGACGUAACUCGCCUGGUCCCCAAUCUCCAAACGGUCCCAUGUCCCCAAGUCAACGCUCCAUGAGCCCUGGACCUCGCCAAAUGUCGCCUCGGCAGAUGCAGGGCCCUCCUCGUGGACGGGCGAACAGCAAUGCUCCUCAGUAUGGCCCUCCUAGGGGUCGAUCGAACAGCAACGCACCGUAUGCUCAACCGCAGCGCUCCAUGUCCCCCGGGCCGUAUGGAGGUGGCCCUCAAAUGGCUCCUCCCCCGCAGAUGGGUCGUCCGCGAUCCAACUCCGCAAGCCAGGCUGGUAACCCACGACGUGGACCUGCGCCAGGACCAAGUCCUAUGAAUCCCAGCGCUGGCCCCAUGCCCCCGCGGAAACCGGUCCCUGGCAUGGCCAUGUGAGCUUGACCUAAGUGUCUAAUGAGGAAACGUUCAAGCGUGUUCACAUCUCCUUUCCUUUGUGUUUUGGAUUAUUUCCCCCCUGCGACCUGUGGCAAUACUUCCCCCAUUUUUGCGUUUUACCUUUCGCAUCAGCAGUGCUGCGUCACAUCUUGUUUCCCUAAAUGUAAAGGGAACUCCAGAGUAGCACUACAACCCACCCCUUUUUUUGCUUUCAAAUGUUUAUACCCAA